GCCAAGAGGGUGUGCUCCAGGACAGCGUGGCCACCGCUCCAGAGGCACGCUCCCAGAGAGAGUCCAAGUCUAUUCCCAGAAGCUUCUGAUUCCAGCUCUUCUACUGUCUGCCUCCCAGGGGCCCCCUGAUUUGAAGAACUUGGGAGCACCAAAGACAACCUAUUCUGGCACCAUGAGGAAGCAACUGGGCGGGUGCUGCCUGGCCAUUGUCUGCGUCCUGCUCUUCAGCCAGCUCGCCGCAGUGCAGGCGAGAGGCAUAAAGCACCGAAUCAAGUGGAACCGCAAGGCGGCCGCCCCGCCCAGCAGCUCCCAGGUCACGGAGGCCCAGAGGGUGGAGAUGCAGCUGCGCCCGGGCGCCUUCAUCAAGCACGGCCGCAAGCUGGAUAUCGACUUCGGAGCCGAGGCCAACAGGUACUACGAGGCCAACUAUUGGCAGUUCCCCGACGAGAUCCACUACAACGGCUGCUCCGAGGCCAACGUGACCCGGGAGAAGUUUGUCGGCGGCUGCAUCAACGCCACCCAGGCUGCGAACCAGGAGGAGCUGUCCCAGGAGAGACCGGACAACAGGCUUCACCGGCGCAUCCUGUGGCGGCUGGUCCGGGAGCUCUGCUCCGUCAAGCACUGCGAUUUCUGGUUGGAAAACGGAGCGGGUCUCUGGGUCGCCGUGGACCGGCCCGUGAUGCCCUGCCUGCUGGUUGCCAUUUGGUUCAUUGUGAAAUAAGCCUGCAGGCAGGCGGGCAGCCGCAGCGAUGAGCUAAGCGGGCGAGCCAACCACAGAGUCAUCCCCAUUCUCUGCCCCGGUCUCCACCCCCGUUCUGAAGGUACCAGAGAGCAGUGAUUCCUCCGCGCGUCCAUAGCCUCCCCCGUGUCCGCCCCGGUAUCUGCUUGAAUGUGAUGGUUCGGGUCUCAAUCCCCUGCAGGCCGUCCCGAGGGCGCGCGCGCGCGUUCGGCGCUGCAUCCUCAGCUCCCGGCGGAGUGCCUGGCACACCGUAUUACACCAUAGAUGUUUGGUGAGCUGGUGAAAGAACGCACCGGGGACUGUGCCAAGCACUUCGCAAUACUUCCCAGCAAUUCUCAGAGGUAGGCGUUAUUCCCAGAGCACAGAGGAAACUGAGGCUUUGAGAGGUAGGACCAGACUUCAACCCUGGCUUGUCUAACCCAGACUGCCCACUCUGGGCUCUGGGCUCUGGGCUCCUCUGGGCUCUGGGCACUCCCGGGGCUGUCCUGUGAUCCCUGAGGGCCCUCAAGGCCACAUCCAAAUGUAUCUCUGAUGAAACGGGAGAUGCCAGUUUUAGAAAUAGGAGAAGACCGGAGCUGAUGGUCAUGUAGUUUGAUACCUUUCUUACAUGGAGGUCUCCUUUAAGUCUUCUAAUUAUACUAAAAUGUACCAAAGGGAUUAAACUAAAAUAGAAAUAAAACCAGACACAAGCCCAGAGAUUAUCUUGUAAGGAAAUAUUGCCAAGCUGAUUCCCAGAGCAGACUAGAGCCAUGGGAGGAUCUGCCUGUCACAUGAAGAUUUUUUUUCCCCACAAGAAGGAUCAAUGUUUGCUGUUCCCAUCUCUGAAACAGACCAUGUAUUUAAGAAAAUAUUUUUUAAGUAACAUACUUGCUUUCUAAUACUCUCCUGACUCUGUGCAUGGUUUUAGGGACACGUGUAGGAGCAUCUUUCCGUAUCCUUCCUUUACCCAGGGACUCCACACAAUCUCUAGCAGUAUUUUUACCACCACUUUGAGGACAGGCCAUCAUUUUUGUGAACCACUGAUCACUACGAAAAAAAUAAUUCCUCCUAGCCAAAAAGGUUAAAAGUAAACUUAAGGGAGACCCAAUAAAGAAUCCGUCCAUGCUGUACAGCAUAGGGAAUAUAAUCAAUAAUAUUGGAAUAACUUUUACAGGGCCCAGUGGGCAGUUGAAAUAUCGGGGGACCACUUUGUCAAGUAUAUGAUUGUCUAACCACUAUACUAUACACCUGACAUUAAUACAAAAUAACAUUGAAUGCAAACUGUAAUUGAAAAAUAGAAUUAAAAAUAAUUAACCCAUGCCAUAAGCAAGAAUAGACCCAUCACUUCUGAUCUGUUUAUUAGUUAAAUAUAUAUAUAUAUAUUAUAAAAUGUCAUUUGUUAAUUUUAGCUUAAAGUACAUAUUUUAAAAUAUGAAUACAGCAUAAAUAAAAAUGAUGAAUUGAAAGCUCUAAGAGGCCCUCUGGGGUGCUCUCAAAGACCCCCCCCCCAAGGUUGUUGAACCAUAUUUGGAGAUCACAGCAGCUGAAUAUUAUCAAUUCUCCUAUAAAGAGAGUCCCUAAGAGAAGAAAAGUGCAUUAUCAGACCAUUUAUAUGAAGUCUUUUAGGACAUGAAUGUUGAUAAGGGCACCUCUUGUUCUGAGGUAACAGAUAACCCCCACUGUUAUCUGUGUUCUUCUCAAGGAUACAUUUGGAAGCUUUUAACAUAGAAACGGGGUGGAGGACUUGGGGGCGGGGCACCCCAGGGGAGCAGCCUGCCCCUGGGAGAUGCCCACCUGCACUGAAACAGCAGAGUCCCCCCCACCAAGAUAGUUUUGGUUCUCACUCUGCCAGCACCUCGCUCACCACCCACUUCCAGCGUCCUCUGGAAUCCUUUCACAAAGUAAAGUACUGACCACAAAAUUCUUAUUUUCUAAAUAAUAACAAUAACAAUCCAGACAGAAAGAACAAUUACUUAUAAACUGAUGUUGAAAUUUCAGGUCCAGGCUCUGCUGAGUUUAAUUACAAGGGCACACACAGCCACAUAAGCAAAAUGACUUCAUUUCUGAUAUGACAACACUUAGUCCAUAUGUAGCACAUUUUCUAAAAUUGCUGUCAUUUCUCAUUUCUUUAAUAGUUCCAGAACUCAGAUUUAAGCGGGGCGUGAAAUGAAUUUGUACAUGGUGAUUCAGAUGCACACUUUAUUUAUGGAGCUUUUAAUCAAAACUGUAUGUUCUUGAACAUCCCUGCUCAUGUUUAUGAAUUAUGAGGUCAAGCCAAGGCUAUGUGAGUCUGGUUCUUCAUUUUAGCAAAGGACUGCCAAGUGCCUACUAUGCGCAAGACACUAUGAGAAGCUUCUGAAUUAUUCUCGAGAGUCCUUUGAAAUGUGAAUGACUUCACCAACCAUUGCUUUCUUAUUCCUUUUUAGUGUUGACUU